GCUAGGGUGAGCAUUCGACGCGUCGUUUCAAAAGUGAGGUCAAAUGAGAAGAAAUGAGAAAAUCUCUCUGAAACCUAGACAGGACAACAAAAAGAGUGAUGAUACUGCUGGAAAUCUUCCGCAUGCACCAAGUCCAGUCCCUGAAUUCUCAAGAGCAGCCUCGAGCCUGUCACCAGUUUCACUUGGAAGGAAAUUUCGACAAAACGAUGUAAAACGGCAAGAUAUUGACAGGAUAGCUACAGCUGCACAACCACCAAGACAGUUAUCUUCUCGAUUUAUCAAUACAUCGCAUGAUGAACUGAAGGCAUUGCCUUUAUUGGUUGAGACACCAUCAGGUGAAAGAGAAGCAUUGUUACUCAAUAAAUUACGAAUGUGUUCAAUCUUAUUCGAUUUCAACGAUAAUACUGUUCAGUUGAAAUCGAAAGAAAUUAAAAGAUUGACAUUAUUAGAACUAGCUGAAUUCAUUUCAAUAAACUGUAAUUCACUUACUGAACCUGUUUACUGGGUAUUAUCAAUCUGCUCAAAGUCAAUGUCUUUCGUACUAUUGUACCAAUCAAUACAAUUACAGAAAUGUCAGAUUAUGUUGAUAAUGAAGAUGAACAAGUUUCAAAUUUGGAACCAUCUUGGCCACAUCUUCAGUUAGUUUAUGAUAUAUUCUUACGUUUCAUCAGUUCGCCUGAUUUUCAAGCAUCACUAGGAAAAAAGUAUUUGGAUCAACAGUUUUUUCGUAAUCUUUUGGAGAUAUUUAAAUCAGAAGAUCCACGUGAAAGAGAAAUGGUUAAAAUGAUAUUACACCGUGCUUACGGUAAACUUGUUACAUUGAGACCAGUUAUUAGACGUAUGAUCAAUAAUAUACUUCUUCAAUUUGUCUAUGAAGAAGACAGUCAUUGUGGAAUAGCUGAACUACUGGAAAUACUUGGCAGUAUAAUCAACGGGUUUCAAACACCACUGAAAGACGAACAUAAACAAUUUCUACGAAGAGUACUCCUUCCUUUGCAUAAAUCACCAACAAUGAGUCAUUUUAACGCCCAAUUAACCUAUUGUACAACAGAAUUUAUUAAGAAAGACUCCAGUUUAUUCACAGUGAUCAUUCAUGAUGGCCUACUUCGGUUUUGGCCUAGAGUAAAUUCAGUGAAAGAAAUGCUCUUCUUAAAUGAAUUAGAAGCAUGUCUCGAAUGCACAGGACCUAUUGAAUUCCAAGCAAUAGUACCUGAAAUAUUUCCACGUUUAGCAAAAUGCAUCGAAUCUUUGCACUUUCAAGUUUCUGAAAGAGCACUUAUGUUUUGGAAUAACGAAUAUCUGUUGUCACUUAUGUCAGAAAAUAUUAACACAGUUCUACCGAUUAUCUUCAGUUCAUUGGCAAAGUCUCGUAAUCAUUGGAAUAAAACUGUUCAUGGAUUAAUUUGUAAUGUACUGAACUGGGCGAUUGAAACGGAUCAAAAGCUUGUUGAACAGUGUUCUACGAAACUGACAGAAGAACAGAACAAAAACGCUAUACAGUUACAAAAGCGUCAAGCCUACUGGAAUCGAGUGGAGUUAGAAGCUCAAAAAGUGAAGCAACCCACUAUGAAUUCCCCAGUUAAUGUACGAACAUCGUCUGUAUCUAUAUCACUUUCUGGCAUUAGAAAUAAGUAUUCAGUUCCCAAUUCACCGAAUACUAGAAAUCCAAUAGUUUUAAACGAUUUCUAUACAAAACUGUCAACAACAUCAUCAGCUGUUGGAGAUGCUACUGGUGGUACUGGUAUUAGCAGUAGUGAAAACAGCAGUAUUGUAAAUAAUCUCAAGACUCUUACAAUAAAUAAUCAACCUGGUGAAUUUAUUGGUAUUAUGAAAGACAUUCCUAGUGAUACUGAGUACACAUCUGUUAAUCCUAUACAAUCUAAUAUGCUUGGCUCUUCUUCAGUUUUCAAUACUUUAUCAUCUCUUUCAUCAAAUACCCGCCUUGCAUCCUCAACACCAAUUCAAGUAAUGAAUACUUCUCAAAAAGAACAAAGUUCAACCAUCUCAUCAUUUAGAAAACCGGAUUUACAAGGUCAACAGAGUUUAAAACAGCAGACUCAAAUAUAUAAUAUAAGUAAUAAUGAUACAAAGUUAAACAUGACAACUACAUCAUCAACUAGUUUACUCAAUUUUAGCAGGAAAUUACGUUCACCGAAACUCAGUACUACUGUAACGCAACCAACAAGGAAACCAACAACUUCUGCACAAAAGCAGCCAUUGAAGUCUAAUCCAUCCAUAACAAAUACUAAGGAUACAUUAUCGUCGUCACUAUCAUCAUCAGCUUCCUCAGGACAGCCAACUACUACUACUACUACCAGCAGUACAAUUAAAUCAGAGAAAUCAGCAAACCUUAAGCGGACAACACUGAAAUCAUUGAACAGGUCGACUACUACAACUUAAAUUAAAAUAUGGUGAUAAUAUAAAGUUACUUUACUUUUCUGUUUCUUUCAAAAUAGUUAACAUUCAGAGAUGGUAGGAAAAUGUUUUCUUAAAUAUAAACUAAUUUUUGCCAAUUAGGAGAUGUAUAUCUAUGAACGUAGAGUUAUACAUUUUUAUAUAUUCAGUUAAUCAUGUUUUAAACAAUUUUUUUUAUCUUUUGUAUCUAAUAACAAGCAGAUAUAGAAAUAAGUGGAUUCAGUAUAUUAUGCAUGACACAAUGAUGAUGUUGUUGUCUUCAUUCAAAAUGACCUACGUAAUUUUUCCACUGUUCCUCCUAUAGACAUUCAUUGAAAAUAUCUACUUCUCUUAACUUAUUCUUGUGCCUUUUUUAUAUACAUAAGUUGUUUUCCAAGGAAAGAGUGAAAUAAUCGCAUAUAAUUAAAAUGCAGUAAAACAAAACCUUUUUUUAUUUUAAUUACAAAAGUGAAUAAUUCC